AAGGGGAGCGCUGCCCGGCCUGGGCGACGGCGCGGCGCUGGACCGGGAGCGGAGGAGGUGGGGUGGAGGACGGAGGGCGCCGCUGGCGGCCACGGGAGCAGCGGCGGCGAGAGGCGAGCCCCCUGGCGCCGAUUCUCAUGGAGAGCUGUUAUUGAGGAGAGAGCCAUUCAUUGGGAUGUUAUUAAAAAAAAAUGAAUCAAGAUAAAACUUCUAAGUGCAAGUACCAGAAAAAUUACAACACAUCUCAGUGAAUUUGCAAGUGACAGAGGAGCAGCACUGUCUUUGGUUUGCUGGUUGCUCAGGAUGUGUAAGAGUUUCUGUUUGGCCAUAAGCCACGCCUGUCAAUAUUAACUGACUGGAGUGAGCCUACACUGCAACUCUACCAGUUACUGCUUCUGGGUGUAAUCUAAUUUGGAGUUCUUGGAAGACUACUGUUUUCUUCUCUACAAUCCCCUUGUAAGGAUUGGGUGGCACUAAUUUUCACUCAUCAGGCCUGGACACUAUUCCUGUUUUAGAAUUCAUACAUAAAUACUAAUUUAGGCCAUAUCUGAUUUAAACAGUUGGAUGGUGUUACAUUUCAGUACUUGGCUUUCUCUUGUGGUGCCCCAAGAUUUGCAGGUUCUAGGGAUGAUAAGGUCAUCUUUCCUUGUGGGUUGGCAGGCAGUUGUAGGACUGCACAAUGGGGCUCCGGGUUCACUUUGUUGUUGACCCACAUGGCUGGUGCUGCAUGGGUUUGAUUGUCUUUGUCUGGUUGUACAAUAUUGUUUUAAUUCCCAAAAUUGUCCUCUUUCCUCACUAUGAAGAAGGACAUAUUCCAGGCAUAUUAAUAAUAAUAUUCUAUGGCAUUGCCAUAUUUUGUCUGGUUGCCUUAGUAAGGGCCUCAAUAACUGAUCCAGGAAGACUCCCUGAGAACCCUAAGAUCCCACAUGGAGAAAGGGAGUUCUGGGAAUUAUGUAACAAGUGUAAUUUGAUGAGACCAAAGCGUUCCCAUCACUGCAGCCGCUGCGGUCACUGUGUUAGGAGGAUGGAUCAUCACUGUCCAUGGAUUAACAAUUGUGUUGGUGAAGAUAAUCAUUGGCUUUUUCUGCAGUUGUGUUUCUACACUGAACUUCUUACUUCCUACGCACUGAUGUUUUCUUUUUGCCACUAUUAUUACUUUCUUCCACUAAAAAAGCGUAACUUGGAACUUUUUGUUGUUAGACAUGAAUUGGCCGUAAUGAGACUAGCGGCCUUUAUGGGCAUUACUAUGUUAGUUGGAAUAACUGGACUCUUUUAUACUCAACUAAUUGGCAUCAUCACAGAUACAACAUCUAUCGAAAAGAUGUCAAACUGUUGUGAAGAAAUAUCGAGGCCCCGAAAGCCAUGGCAGCAGACCUUCUCAGAAGUUUUUGGCACUCGUUGGAAGAUCCUGUGGUUUAUUCCUUUCAGGCAGAGGCAACCACUGCGAGUUCCCUACCACUUUGCCAAUCACGUCUAAACAGAUGGAUGGUGGGCACAGAUGGGUCCUCCAUGCUGGAAGUGCGUUACAGGUUUUCUGAUAAUAGAACUAUGACAGUCUUCAAGUCAAUUAAAAUCCACCCACCAAUCUUAGGCAUCAUAAUGUGCCCCAGGCUUUAUUUCAGCAGUGAUCUUGAUCCUGUUGUGGGACUAAUACAAGAUCUAUAUUUAAGUUUUAAAGCAUGUUUACUUUCAAAUUAGCUUUCCACAGGGAUUUCUUUAAAUGCUUUUGUUAUUAAACUCAAGGGCAGUGAUUGGGAUGAAAUAAUUGUGCAUAAUUUCUUUUAGUACUGAUGUUAUGUAUUUUAAUUUAUGAGAAAUUUCAGAUUUUUAUUUAAAAUUUUCACUUUUAAGCAGUACUAACCAAAUCUAAAUUUAAUACUUCAGGCUUUACAAAAGUUGAUAUACCUUAUAUUAUCUAUAAAUUUUCUUUCUCAAAUACAAUUUAAAAUACAAUAUUUCCUUUUAUAUGUGCUGCAAGAUUUCUUUAAAUGCAGCAUAACAUUAAACAACAACAAAACACAAAAGCAACAACAAAAAAGGGGCAGUAUUUUCUUAGAAGUAGCUUUUUAAUGUUUUUUUCUUUUUCUCUUCACCAAAAACAAAGUAAAAACUCCACUGAAAUAAAACCCAACUACCUGCCUUACUUUAAUAAGAGGAAAGAUUAAUUUUUCGCCUACGUUAGCUUUCCUAUUUCUUUUCACUCUACUGUUGUAACUAUUGGUUGUUGUUAAAAUACUUGCUCCAAGGAAAAUUUUUGAACAAGUGGGCAUAUAUUUGUAUUUUACUGUAAGAUUUUGAUGAGCAAAAAGGGUAGAGAAUUUGCAGUAAUUCUACAGACACCUUUUCUAGUACAGUUAUAUUAGAGUGCAUAUGUUUUUAAAGUGCUAGUAUAACUAGAUAAUAUAUAAUGUACAGUAUAAAGAGGGAUAUUGUGCUUUUGAAAAUAUAUAUAUAUACUUUCUACUUUCAUUUACCUACUAGUAGAUCUAAAAUUACACAUUGAAGUUUAACAUGUAAUAGAUAUUGGCCAACUAAUACUGAAAUUUUAUUUACAGAAAGUUUCUAUUAAAAGUAACUAUAAUCACCCAAAUUGAAAUUAAAUUUUAAUUUGCCAACUGUAAUUUGGGUUGAGAGAUCUUCUGUUAGUGGCUAAUGUUAGGAAAUGACCUUAAAAUAAGAAAAUAUAAUGAUCUAUAUUCAUCAUUAGCCUUAUACAGAUUAAUGAUAGUGGUCUCUUAGAAAGCAUAGAACAUCUGUAUGAAAACACAUUAGCAUGCUUUGGAAAAAACUCAGCUUUUAAUUUUUUUCCAUUAGAAUACUGCAAAAUCCAUAUAUCUUUUUAAAGAAGUUUACAUACUCAGUCUUUCCAUUGAAGAGAAGAUUGAAUGGGUCCUAUUGUUCUUAGAGUGCAUCAUUAUUUUCCUUUUACUUUUGAUGGUAAGAAGUCAUACUUGAGAAAUACAUGAAACAAGGUUUCCAUUAUCAGCCAAUUAACUAUACUGUGGUUAGUUCUUUCAGAAAUUGUAAAUACCUUCUAAAUAAUAGAAUAAGCUGUUCUCAGAGAUAAAAAUACUGUAUCUUUUAUGUUCUGAUUACAAUGCUUUAUUAUUUUAAAAACUUAGAAGUGGCAGAUGAAAAUAUUUAUUGGUGCUGAUAGAUGCAUAGUAAAUUUAAUGUGAGAAAUAUAUUUAUAGGGCUUAAUGAACCACAAAAUUAGUAUGUUCAGGCAGUAGGUUGGGUUUUGUGCAAGCUUAACAUAUUGACCAAAUUUGGCCUGGUGACAGAACUGUUAUAAAAAAGUUAAUACAUAGAUAAUGUAGAUAGAUAGCAGUUGAAUGCCUUAUGCUUAUACAUUCCUUUUAAAUGAGGACCUUGAGAAAACAGCAAAGCCAAGUGCAGACCCCCUAAAGAGAUGAAUGAGCAUAUUUAUACUUCAUAUAGUAGCAGUAUCUGGGAGGUCCUCAGUUGCCAACCUUUGCCUCAAUAAGGAGGAAAGGAGUGGUUCUUUUUCCACUCUGAGGGUUUUUGUUUUUCUUAGAUUUACCACUUCGCAGGCAUAUUCGCUUCCCUCUUUCUCUUUACCCUACCCUGCCCUGAUCCCUUGUACCUGAUUCCUUUAAGUUACUGGAAUACAAACUAAUAUACUCAGCGAGGCCUAUAUUAAUUUUGUUUGAAUGGCAGAAAUGCUACAUAUCAAUAUAUUUAUAUAAGAAUCUAUAUUAGAGUAAACUACAUAUACAUAUGAUGUAACUUUCAGUAUUGCCGAGCUUGCCAACCUAACUGGGUUUUGUGACUCUUAGAGGAGGAGAGCAGCCGGCAGUGUUCUAGGGCACGCAUGAGCUCUAGUGUUCUCUCUGCGCCCUCUUUUGGCUAAUUGAUGUAAUUAUAUUGGCUCUAGAGAUUUGCCCCACAAGUAAAUAGUAUAGACAAAUUCUGAACAUUAUCAGAGCUACAAACUUAGGGAGGGGAGUGUAUGUACAAAAAUUUAAGAUUUUAUGAAAAGGACUGUAUUCCUGUUGAUGGUGUCAAUAUGUAAUUGAUACAAAUAUGAUGACUAUUGCUUCAUUUAUGUAUAUUCUUACUAUAUUUUUUACUAUCAAUUGCAAAUUUAUUUCAAAUCAGGAUAAGCAAAUGUAAACCAGUUCAUAAAUUUUAUUUUAAACCUUAUUUUGUCAAAUUAGGUUCUAGAACUUAGAAUUAGAAAGCCAUUACUUUGAGUAUACCAAUUUAUUACAAAACAAGUUUAAUGUAGUUAAAAUGGCAAGCAAGUAUCUCAUGUGUUUUAAUGAAGAUCUAAAAACAUACAUUUAGUUAUUUUAUCUCAGUUAUGAUUUCUUUUUUACUGAUUCUGUUGCAUUAAAAGAGUAAGAGAUUAAUAAUUCUUUCUAUGCUUUUUUUAUUGUUUUAAAUUUUUCUAUUCAGUUAUAGCUGUAGCUUUAGUAGUCAGUUUACUAUGUACUGUGGAUAACCCUGAAAAUAACUAAAGAUGUUGAAAAUAAGGAAAUAUUUAUGAGCAGUGAUAUUACUGAUAUAAUCUAUAGGUUGGAUGAAAUAUUUAUAAGCAAAAUUUCAUUUUAAACAAAAUGUAUGCUCAGCAAAGUAAUGAAUUGGGUUUCUGGAAAUGAAAGAUUUUUACCUAGAUGUUGUAAGUUACACCUCUUGAACAGUUAUAUUUUUGUAGUUCUUUUGUGUAAACAAAAAUGUUUAUAGGUUUAAGAUUGUAGGCAAAAAUGGACUGAGUUCAGAAUGCCACAAACAGUAGGCAUUUAAUUAAAGAGCUUUUGAUACUUUGUAACCAAGAUUUAGAGUUUAAAAGUAUUAAGUUAACUGAUAUCCCAUUAUAAGAAAAUAGUAUUUUGCUUAAGAGUUGUAUUAAAAUAUUUGUGGUUAGCAUAAGAGAGAGGUAUAUUUAACUUUUUAGUUAGCACCUUAGUGUAUUUUAAUAGAAGAAAAUAUAAUUUACUUUUAAUAGUAAUAGAGAAGUAGAGAACAUGAACAUAUGUAAAGUUCAGUGUUACAAUUGAAACUUCUCAGAGUGAACAUCAGUGAAUUGUUGCUAAUUGCUUAAGGUAUUUUUCUCUAAGGAUUUUGGCUAAUUUUAACUAUUCCUCAUCAGGCUUUUUCAAGCUACUUCCAUACAAGUAAUUAGUUGAAGGUAUGUUUCAUCCAAAGUGGUAUAUUAAUUCUGAAUGCUAAUCGUGAAGACUUAGGGCAAUACUUCCAACCACGAAUUGUGAAGUAAUUAGAUUAUGGCCACACAGUUUUCUGUGUGUUAGAUCACAGGGCAGUUCAAGUGUUCUCACGUGUUGUAAUAAAAUCACAAUAGGUCCAGCCCUCAUUUGCAAUGGUGUUAAUAGUAAAAAAGCUGCUGCUAGUCUCGCCAUGGACUUUUCUCUAGUCUCUAACCACUUCCCUUGUGCUUUGUGUAUAACUAGAUUACCUAGCUCAAGUUUACUAAAAUAUUGCUGCUUCACUGAAUAAGGUUUUGACAUGACCUCUACUAAACAUAGACAUAUGUAGAAUUUAUUUGGUAAAGUUUACACUCACAAACAUUAAAUAAUUUACUAAUAGAUUAGAGUAUUUGACUUUUAAUUUCCGUCUACUAUUAAUGCUUUCAAAAAUGUAAGUUUUGGCAAAUGUAGUUAGUAAGUCAUGUACAUUUAGUGUGUUCUACUUGCUAGUGUUAUUAACCGUAUAAUUAAAUAAGUAUAUUAUUUAAUGUCCACAUUUGUUACCUUCUAUUCUAAAAAUCAUCCUCUGAGUUUAUCUGUAAGUCACAAAUGUUAUUGGCUCUCAAUUUAGCCAUUCUCAAUAGAAUUUUAUAUUCUACAGUAGGUGAGAAAAUAAUAGAACCAACUUGCUUACGGUAUUUUAAACCAAUGUUGUUAUUCUGUGUACCAAUCAAUACUUAGCAUUUCUGUUGCCUCUGGGUUGAUAAUGGUUUAACUUCAGGAAAAUAAUUAUUUUUCUCUGAAGUCCCUUUUUAGUAAUUUUUAACAACAAAAUUUACUACACUUUUGUCUGUUCUUCAGAUGUUUUAAUACUUCCUGCUGUUGCUAAUCUGAGACAGAAAUAACAAUGGAAUUUAAUUCUUAAGUCAUUGGUAUUGCUGUUGUUUUCCAGUAUCAUUACAUUUUUUACUGUUACUUUUUCUUUUUCUCCUUGCCCACCAUAGAGGACAGUACAAAAGAGUGGUGAGUAGCCAAAACUGGAUGAAGUAGGGGAACUUCCUAAGAUGGAGAGGAAGGUAGGCAGCACAGAGAGAGGCAACAGCAGCAUGGUUGGCUGGGUACAGUUUCUGUGACAUCAGAAAAUCCCCCUGCUCUAGUCAUUUUAGCCUUAUCUAUUGUUGAUACCACUUUACUGCAAGAGUUGUUAAUGCAUGUAAGCAUUUAGUUUGAGUUAUUUUACCUAAGGAAUUUAUGUUGCUGCUUCUCUUCAGUUGGUCUGAUGACUUUAAGAAAGUAUUUUAAUUUUAAAUACCAUAAUUGUGUAGUGUAUGCUCACAUGAAGUGUUAAGAAUAAUGUGAAAGGUAUAGCUAUUAAAUGCUGACAAAUGAAUAGGGUGCCCAGAGUUUGACAAAAUAUCACCUGAUGCACACUGGGUCCCAGAAAAAACUGGGACCUUUUCUACAAGUCACCUAUUGCAAAAAAAGGAUAUUAAAUAUUACAGGAAAUUUUGUCACCAGAAGAAAACUCAAUAAUUUCUGUUUAUAAAGGUUGCUUUCACUUUAAAAUUUGGGCUAUUUUGGAGAUCUCCAUUUCUGCUGGUAUUGUGAAUCCCUGUAAAUGUAAUGUAGUGCUUACCACAGUUGUUCAACACUCUGGCCUUUUUGGUAUAUUGGUAGCUUUAUAUAUAAACAAAGAUGUGGACAAAGCAGCAACAACAGAAGGUGUACUUUUUGUUUUUGUGGCUUUGCUUGACUGUUAGACUAAGUACAGGGUUUAAUUGCUUAGGCUGUUAACUAAAAGGAAAGGUUGUCUGAUAUUGCAAGCUCUGUGCUCUUGUCAGUGUGCAUUGGGUGAUAUUUUAACCUACUGGUGCCUGAAGUUAGUGAUUUACAACCUCAACAACUAAAACAUCCUGGUGCUACUCACUUGAGCAUUGAGUGACAUUUUUAAUUCCUGUACCAAAGAGUUCAUUUUCUUUUUGGUUGAGAGAGUUUUUACUCACAUCCUUGUGUUUAUAAAGUAGAAUUUAGUAUUAUUAAAAGCAAUUUUGAUGAACAGAUACUACUUUUUUGCACACUGCUGCCUCAGUUUAAUUGGUUUUAAAUGCCUCUUUGGACACUUUUUUUUGAGUCAGGCAGACUAGUACAAUUUUUCAUCUUGUAUUUUAAUAUAAAUUGACUACUUUAAAAGGUAGUUUUAAUAGGUUGAAGUUACAGAAGAUAACUGAAGUACUUUGCACAAUAUCUUUUUGUUUUUUUUCUGCAGGAAUAAAUGGGAAAUAAUAACUCUACUUUUACUGCUAUAAAUUAACUAUAUAGCUUAUUGGGCCCUUUUAAUGAAUGCUGUAACAAAAUGCUAACAUGAAAAGUUAAGGGCUCAUUCUGAUUACAAAUGAAAAAUUGUACAUCUGUGUGUAUGUGUGUAUAAUCCUUACUGGCAUUAAAGAAUAUUUUCAUUUGCCUAUUUUACAAGUAAAGAUAAAAUUAAAGAACACUUUUAAAAAAAUGUAUGUAUACAUAAGUACUUUCCCAGGAGGAAAUGCAAAUGUACCUUGAUUUAAGCAGAACUGCUAAUAGAAAAUUGAAUUUUACAAAAAAAAAAAAGUCUGGAUGUUGUUACUUUACAUAAAAAGUCAGAGUUAGGUUAUUUUAAAAACUAAUUCUGCUUAGUAAUUCAUUUUACAAGUACUGGGAGAAAAUACCCUUUAGAAGUACUUGUAAUUGUCCAAAUGUAAUAUUGCUAUGCGUACUAUUCUGGUUCCCUAUUUUUUCCCACAGACUUUCAAAACACUCAUUUACUGUCCUUGAAACUGUGACUGAUAUGGUUAAAAAUUCUGGCAGGAAGGUAAUAGUGUAUAUGUACUGGAAAAGUAGACAAUCACAUUUGAGAAUGUUUAGAUUCACUCAACUGAAACCAAUCUCUCCUUGAAUGUAGAUACAAUAUAUGGUUUUGCAGUGAAUUCUGAAUGGAAAAAAAGAAGUCUGAAUACAUGAAAUGUAAUGUAGAAUCAUUUGAAUGAUUUAUAGAAAUAUGGAUGGAUGUUCACAUCAUAAGAGGUUUGACAACAAAAUGGGAAGAAGCAACAUUAUGUCUCUCUCUGUCAACAAUAUAUUUCCUAGAUUUGUUGCCACAAUAAGGGUUGUUUGACUUGUUUAUGUAUUAUUUAAAUUACUGUGCUGAAUGCAGUUAUUUGUUCAAGUUACUAGGUAGUAGAGAAUUUAUCACUGUCUGCUGUCCUCCAGAGACGGUAUUAAAAAGAAGUUGUUCUUUUAGCAUGGGUAGAAUGAAGCAACUAAAUGAUGCAAUAGGAAGAAUUUUCGUCACUCAGACAAGGGAGUUGCAAGUUGCAAGUCUGACACUGUGGAAACAGGAUAGGCUGUUGGGAGCUCUGAGCAGAAAUGAUCAUGCCUGUAUGAGCUCAGUAUCCUUCGAAUUAGUCUUAAAAAAAAUCUGACUGGCAAGUUUAAUGAAUAGGUAAAGUUGUGUCUUUACCUCAAAUUGUGUCUAAUGUUAUAUCCUUAACGUAAAAGACUUUUCAUAUUGGUAUAUUCCCAAGGCCAGAUGAAGAUACUGAUUUUGUCAGGUGUUUUUUUCAUUCAGUGCAUAUGCUUCAAUCUGAGUGCUGUUUUGCUGUAUUGUCUAUUUUACCUUGUGUGUUCCCUUGAGAGCAACUAAAGAAAAUCUUUUCUAACAUUUCUAGUGCUAAUGGUAGUAAGGAAAAUAGUAGUGGACAGAUAUGGGACUAGAUUGAGAAGAGGGAGGAAAAUGAUGGGUGGGAACCGUGUAUCUGAGAUACACAUGUUUAAAUGAAAAGUCUACACUGGUUCUUGAAAAACAAAUCAUGUAUCUACCUUAAGAACAAUGUUGUGUGUGUGUUUUUAAAUUUAUUUUAGCGAUUUAGUUUUAUUCGUGUAAUAUGUUUUUUUGGAGAUUGUUUUUAAUUUAAAUUGUGUAAUUUUUACUUCUCGAAAUGUAUUCUGUACUGUAUUUUUAGAAAUCUUAUUUUUAAAUAAAUAUUUUUUAAAAAUAUAGGACUGUUUUUCUCCCCAACCUCUUAAUUUAUUAAAAUCAACUGAAAUUCUAGAUUUUCAACAUUACCAGUUUGAUAGGCCACUUUUUUUCAGUUUUAUACAAUUUGGAUGAUUAUUCAUAACUUGUAGUCUUUGGAUAUGGCUCUAUCAUAAUCUCAAAAUUCAUUAUGUAUCCAAGAACUAGAUAUUCAUAUGAGGGUUGAAAUUGACAAACACUAUAUUCCUAGUUAGGCACAUUUGUCUUAGAGAUGGCCCAGCUGGCUGGAUUCCGUCACCCAAAUUUAUUUAGCAUUUAUUUUGCCAGACACUAUUUUAUGUAAAUAUUUUUUCUUUGAGGAGUAACUUACAUAAAAUGCAGAGAUCUAAGUGUAUAUCUAAGCAUUUUUUUAGAUCUAGGGAUAUUGAAUUACUUAAAGCUUUUGCUCUAAUGGAAUUAUAUUCUAGUUUUUGGAAAGCUUUUAAUUAAUAAACUUACUAAGUCUCAACUAACUGCUUUACUGGAACAUGCAAGAAGUCACAAAGGAAAAGUGUAUAUUAUAUUCAUGAGUACAGACUGGUAAAAAUAGCAUCUGAAAAGACAAAUCAGUAUGUCUUAGAACAGUGGAAGUGCAGAAGCUGCCCUGAGAUUGAAAGAUAGGAGCUUAACUUUUUUUGAAAAUUCUUUCUUAAACUUUUGUUAUCAGAAAAGUAAUGUUGAUGAAUAUUUUGAAUUAACAAUUAAUUAAAUGUCUUGGUAGAGUUCAGAUAAAACAAUAAACCUUGCUGCAGUAGUAAAUCUAAAAAUUGUUGGCAUUUUAACAAACUUUAAAGGAUUAUAAAAUGUUAAUCUUGUUUCUUUUUCAAUUUCUUUUGCUCUUUUUGCAUUUACAAUAAUUAUGCUUUCUUAGUGCUGGUAAGUUACAGUGAUUCUCAAUCCUUUUGGUCUUAAGACUCCUUUACACUCAUAAAAAUUAUUGCAGACCCCCAGGAGUUUUUGCUUAUGUAUACUAUAUUUGUCAAUAUUGACUGUACUAGAAAUUAAAACAGGAGUAUUUUAAAUGCUUAUUUGUUAAUUCGUUUAAGCAUAACAAUAAGAGAGCCAUUGCACGUUAACAAAAAUAAUGUAUUUUUAUUUAAAGACCCAUGAUUUUUUCUUCAAAGCUCUAAUAUCUGCCUUCAUAAAAGGUAGUUGGAUUCUCAUACUGCUUCUGCAAUCAAUCCAUUGUAUUGUUAUUUUGGUUGAAGUAUCGAGAGAAAUCUAGUUGCAUGCAAAUAAUGUACUUGGAAAAAGGACUAUUUUAAUAGUCUUUUCAAGUGACUGUAUAUAUUCUUUGAUACUAUGCAAAAAUUCAAAAAGUGAUGGUUUCUUAGAGUAUAGUUGCAAUGUGGAACCAGAAAUAAAACCAAGCAACUUUCCUUGUUCUGUUACAUUAAAAUCCAUUGAUUUCUUUUUCUAUUUUGGAAUAAUUUGAUGAAAAAGUGAUAUUCUUUUUCAUACCUGAUAUUGUGACAUCAUCCAUUGGUCAUUUGGAAGAUCUUCCAAAUAUUGACACAUUUCAUUCUAUAAGUUAAAUUUUAAAAAUGAAUGUGGCCAUUGAUCUUGCUGGAAAAGGAAGUACUGGAAAACUGUUAAGUUCAGAGUGACACACUACAUUUUUCAAAAUACUGAUUUUCACUUGAAAACUUGCAUGUUAUCCUUGGUAACCAUAUACUGUCUGUUGUUUUCCUUGAAGUGACAGGGUCACUUCACUCAUUUUUUGCCACAUGGCCACAUCUGAAAAACCAUAGUUUGUCAGUUUUUCUUUCAAGUAAAAAGUGGUGUUCCAUUAAAAACAUGGCUAGUUCAGCUUGUAACUCCAAUCAUCGCACCAGUGCUUUUCCUCAAGUAAAAACUACUGUGGGAUGCAGGUAAAAUGCUUCAUGUGUACUUCCUGUGUUGUCAAGCAGAAUAUUAAAAAUAUACUUGAAGAUCAAGAUUUAAUAAAUCAUUUUUACUGAUCUAUCAAGGGCAUUUUACUGAUUCAUUUUCUUUUUUAAGCUAACACUUGUUUGAAUCUACUUAAUUUGGCUCUGUUUAGGAGGAAAAGCAAAAAAGAAUGGGAGAAACUAGGGCAGAACAUUAUGCAUUUACUCUGUAUUUGGUAAGUAAAAAGGAAAAUUAGCUGCUUAAAAAAGAGUAUUUGUAUUUGUAUAUGCCUGCUUUUGAAGCACUUAAAAUAUAGUUAUCUAUAUGACAUCUAGUUAGCUUUGUUUAAAGAGACAAAAACUAAAAAUACACGAUGGUAUUAUAAUACUGUAAAAUCAUUUGAGAAGUUGCCAGAUACUAUAGAUGAACAGACACAUACAAAUGCUGCUCUAGGCUGACCAAUUAACUGUAUGCGCAGCAAUUAUAUUAGCGUGCAGGGCAAUUGGAGGGAAAAUUGGACCCUGUGGACAUCCAGCUGAGCAAACAGGACUGAAGAAGGAUAGCGGAUGUGUGUUUGAAAAAAAGAAAAUACAUCUAAGCUUCCUUAAAAAAAUACUUGUAUCAGUCACAGCACAUUUUUUAUAUGUCCUCUGGUUGCCUAGAACUUUUCAAAUUAGCCUUCUUCUCCAAACAAAAAAAAGUGCCUCUGCUUAAAGAUCAAACACCCAAAUAGCAAUGAGUUUUACAUGUAAAAAGCCAAAAUAAUUUAGGAAAUAGAGAACUUGGAAUAUACAAAUCCAGACAUUCGGAUGCUACUGUAUAUAUGCGCUUAUGUGUGUUGUUAGUACUAGUUUAGCUGUGGUAUGGGCUGGAUUAUAUUUAUCCUUUUUGAUACUGAAAUUUACUAUUUUUAUAACUGGAACUGUUCCCUAGCUGUAACUUGUGGUAUUUCUUGGCAAAAACUGAGUGACUGAGGAUCUAAUAUGAUGAUGAGGUUUUAUGGUUGCACAUUGAAACUUUGGAUGAGUAAUCCUUGAUGAAUAAAUCAUGGCCAUCAAGUUAAUGAAAUUUGCUCUUUAAAUGGUAUAUACUCUGUAACUGUUGGUCAAAUAUCCUCAUUCCAUUGAAGGUUCAUAUUUUAAUGGUAACUAGAAGUAACUGUUAUCAAAGUUUUUUUGGGUGGUCUGCACUUGUUACAACUUGAUGUCUGAUUUAAAGAGUUAUUUAGUGUUUGAUAAGCAUUUCACAUAUUCUUAACAUGGAAAAGUAAUAUGCAAAAUACCAAUCCAUUCAAAGUGCUCUGAUUUUUGCCAUUAAUUUUCCAUGUACUUUUUUUAUUUUUUAAAAGUAAUUUCAAUAAUUUGGGUGAUCACUGUGGUAGGUAAACUGUAAAAGGGUCCCAGUGAUCCUCUACCUCCCAGGUAUUCAAAGCCUUGUAGAAUCUCCUUUUCACUCACGGGAGGUAAACACUAUUCUGGAUUUGGAAUGUAUCAUCCCAUACAUGUUUUUAGACUUCUAUGUGUAUAAAUAAGAAAAAUAUUUUAUUGUUUGAUUAAUUUUUAAAACUUACAUAAACCUCUGUCAGUAUUCCCUAUCUUUUGUCUCCACAUUUUUGUUUUCCCAUAGUACUUACCACCAUCUAGAACAAAGUGGAAAAAAUCCCCACUCCCAUUGUCCUCCCCAGAGGUAGCCACAGGUAUUCAUCAUUCCUCUUCCCUUUUUUUACAUAUCAUGUAUAUCUCUCACAUACAUGGUUGUUUAAUUCUCAAGGGAGAACCUACUAACUUUUCUGUGAUUUUUAUUUUUAAUUAAUAAUACAUUUUUGUGAUAGCCAUAUCAAGAUACAGUAGUCUACCCCAUUCUUUUUAAUGUUUCUGUAGAUAUCAUAUCAAUACCCUGUAAUUUAUUUAACUGUGCCUCUAAAAUGACCAUCAGAGGUUUCUUUCUUUCUUUCUUUUUUUUUUUUGCUCUAGUGACAAUACUACAGUAAACACUCUUUUGCAAAAAUCUUUGUGCCCAUUUACUAGUAUUCUUUUUAGAUGAAUUCCUAGAAGUGAAAUUGGUAAGUCAAAAGAGAGGCAUAUUUUUAAUUUUGAUAGAAAUACCAAAUUGUCUUCUGAAAUUGUUUAACUUAACACAGUCUGACUUGAUAUUAUUAAUCUUUAAAAUUUGUGUCAAUGUAAUAAAGGUGAGUAUUUGUUCUUUUUUCCCCCCAAAUUUCUUGUUUAUGUCAUUUGACUGGUCUGUUUACUUCUCCUUGUUGAAUAUUAGUAACUGUAUUUUCAGGAUAUAAUUUUUAAAAAUUUAUUCAAUACAUUUCUUGUUUUUCUUUAUGGUGAUUGUUCCUGUAACUAUUGCUGUGUAACAAAUAAUCCCAAAUUUAGUGACAUGAAACAACCAACCAUUUAUUUUAUGGUAUGAGACUGUGGGUUAGGAAUUCAGUAAGAGCACAGCAGUUUUUCUCUGUUGCAUGGUGCCUCAGGCCUCAAGAAGAAAGACAUGAAGACUUUCAAGGAGGCUAUUACUGGAGACUACUAUCAGCUAAAGCUUCAUUUACUUAAACAUCUGAUGGUUGGUGCUUGCUGUCAUCAAGAACACCUGCGUGGGCCUUUCCAUAAGUCUGUUGGAAAGGCCCACAAAUUCCUCACAGCAUGGUGACUGGAUUCCAGAAGAGAGUGGCCCAAGAGAACCAGACAGAAGCUAUUCUUACCUUUUGUGACCUAGCUAGAAGUCACAAACCUGCCUAGAUUCAAUGAAAGAGAAUGCAGAUUCACUUCUUAGGAAGAGUCUCAAGUCACGUUUCACAAGAAAAGCAUGUUGGAUAGGAGAUACUAUUGAGGAUUGAGGGCGUCUAUGAAAAGGAAUGUGUCACAAUCAUUGUUUAAUGGAAGCAAUAUCUUGAAAUUUAAUCGUUUUCAAUAAGACCUGAUUUUUUCUUGUUUAAAAAGGACUUUCCUAAAUGAAGACUAUGUAUUUUCAUUUGUUUUUCAAAAAAACCUUGUAGUUUUGCUCUCCUGUAUUGUGCUGUUGAAUUCAUUUGGAAUUUUUUUUUAAAACUCUAAAUUUAAUUUUUGUAAAUUUCAAUGUUUGUAUAUUUCUGUAAGCUUUUAUUUUUGUAAUAAUGUAGAGUGGGAGACUAACAUUAAAGUUUUUUAGGUGUACAAAAUAUCACCAACAUAAUUUUUUGCUUAGUUCAUUUUUUCAUCCUUGAUUUUGUAGUAUCACAUGUUCUUGAAGGUGUAUAGCAUGCAUUUGAUUCUUCUAAUUGUUAAAAAUUUCAGAAAUGUUAACCUAUGUUUUUCUAACUGUAACUUUCAUUAAAGAAAUGGCAUUUUCUAAUAACCCCACCCAUUUGAACUAAGAAGUGUUUUAUAUUUUUAUUCCCCACUCCUACUUAUUUUUAUGAAUAUAAUUUAGAUUUUUAGUCAGAUUAUUAUUAUAUAUUGCAUAUCUUCCAAUUUAAAAGUUUUAUUGAGAUAUAGUUGACAUACAACAAAAUUACCCAUUUUAAGGUAUAUUUCAAUUAGUUCUUACAUAUAUUCCCAUGUAACUACCAACAUAAUUAAGAUAGAGAAUUUUCAGUCACUUCGAAAAGUUCCCUGGGGCAGCCCACUCCCAGCUCCAGAAAACACUGAUUUACUUUCUCUCACUAUAAAUUAGAUUUGCCUUUUAUAGAAGUUCACAUGAAUGGAAUUAUAUAGUAUGUCCUCUUUUUUUUGACAGGCUUCUGCUCAGAAUAAUGUUUUUGAGAUUCAUUCAUGUUGUGAGUAUCAGUUUGUUUCUUUUUGUUGCUUAGUGUUAUUCUGUACGAAUAAUCUUUAAUUUCUUAUCUAUUCCACUUCACCCCCCCCAAGACAGUUAUGAAGGAUUGACAUUACUCUUUAAAUAUUUUAUUGCCUUCACCAGUGAAGCUAACUGUACCUGGAUUUUUCUUUGCUGGAAGAUUUUUAAUUACUCACUAAAUUUGGUAGCUUGUUAUAUAGGUCUAUUCAAGUUUUCUAUUUCAUCAUGUCUGUUUUGGGAAUUUGUGUUUUUCUAGGAAUUUAUCUGUUUGGUCCAAGUUGUCUGAUUCGUUGUCACAAAAUUAUUCAUAGUAUUCCCUAAAAGCCUUUUAGUUUCUGUAGUACCGGUGUUCCUUCUUUCAUUCCUGAUUUUGGGAACCUGUCUUCCUUUUUUAAUUUUGUUAAUCUAUUUAAAGAUUUGUCAAUUUUGUGUCUUUAAAAGAUGUACUUUUGUGUUCACUGAUUUUCCCUAUUUUUAUUUUCUAUUUCAUAUACUAUAACUUAUUUUCACUCUCUGUCUUUUGCUUGCUUUUAGUUUGCUCUUCUUUUUCUAGUUUCUUAAGGUGAAAGCCUAAAUUAUUGAUUUGAAAUCUUUACUCUCUUGUAAUGUAGAUUUACAAAGCUAUAAAUUGCCUGCCCUCUUAGUAUAGGCCUUCAUUUAAUUAUGUUGUGUUUUUUAAAAUUGAAGGUUUUGUGGCAACUCUGCAUCAAGCAAGUCUUUUGGUGCCAUUUUUCCAACAUCACUUGCUUGCUUCAUGUCUCUGUGUCACAUUUUGGUUAUUCUUGAAAUAUUUCAAACUUUUUCAUUGUUUUUAUAUUUGUUAUGGUGAUCUGUGACUAGUCAUUACAAUUUGCUGAAAGCACAGAUGAUGGUCAGCAUUUUUUAGCAAUAGAGUAUUUUUUAAUUCAGGUAUAUACAUAAUGUUUUUAGACAUAAUGCUACUACAUACUUAAUAUACUACAGCAUAUGUAAACAUAACAUUUAUAUACACUGGGAAACCAGAAAGGUAGUUUAACUCACUUUAUCAUGCUUUGUUGUGACAUGUGCUCUGUUGUUGUGGAUAUCACUGAGGUGUGCCUGUGCUGCUUUAGCUGUUUCCCAUGAUUUUGAUAUGUCACGUUUUUGUUUUCAUCCAAUUCAAAAUAUUUUAAUAUCCUUUGUUUAUUUUUUGGUACUGUAUUAUUUAGAAGUGUGUCGUGUAAUUUGAAAUAAUUUAGAAAUUUCCCAAAUUCACUUCCACUGUUGAUUUUUAAUUUAAUUCCAUUGUUCCAAGUGUGUUUGAAAAGAUCAUGUAUUCUUCUGGUUUGUGGUACAGUGUUCUAUAAAUGUCAAUUGUGGCAAGUUCGUUGAUAUGCUUUGUCAAGUCUUCUAUAUCCUUAGUGGUUUUCAUGUAGUUCUAUCAGUUAUUGAGAUUAGGAUACUAAAAUCUCCAAGUAUUAUGUUUGAAUUAUAUAUUUCUUCUUUCCGUUUUUGUUUCAUAUAUUUUAGGGCUCUGUUAUUAAUGAGUAUAGAUUUAUAAUUCCUGUAUCUUCCUGAUUGGAUACCAUAUUACCAUACCUUUGGUUUAUAACAUAUAUAUGUGCAAAAUCUAUGUUAUGUAUAUACACAUAUAUUGACAAAAAACACAAAGGAAGAGAGGAAAUUGACCAAUAUUGGAACGUUUAUGUAUUUUACUGGAAUUCAGUUAGUGUUAAUCCACUGUACAUUGUGGUGAGCUGGAAUGGACAGUCUAACUGCUGGAGUAACCACGAAGAAAAUAACCCAGUAAAAUAGAGUUUAAAACCAUAAUAAUUAAAAUAGUACACUAAAUAUACAUACUUAAGACAAAAGAAGGCAGUAGGGGAGGAACAGGAAAGAAAAGAUAUAUGAUAUAGAGAACAAAUAGUGAAAUGGUCACAUGUAAAUCCUAUCAUAUCAAUAAUUAAUGUAAAUAGAAUAAAAACUCUAAUCAAAAGUCCCAGAUGGUCAGACUGGAUAACUAAAGCAAGAUCCAACUAACUAUACAUUGUCUACAAGAAACAAAAGACAUAGGGAGAUUGAAAAUAAAAAGAUUGCAAAAGGUGGACCAUGCAAACAGUAAUCCAUAAUUAUAUAAAAGCUCUAUACCGAGAAAUAUUACUAGAGACAGAGGGAUAUUUUAUAAGAGUUGUUCUGAAGGGUAGUGAUUUGGUAAUACCAGUAAUUUUUACUAUUUCAUGAAGGGUUUUUUUGAGUGAGUCUGACUUUUUUCUCCUGGAGAUUUGAUGCGAAUAAACAAUACUGUGAUUGCUA